AUGAUGACCUCAACACAGUGCACAAAAUGUUUUAAUAUUGUUUCUGUUGAAGGCUUAAAACUCGUCAUUGCAUCAUUAAGCGACGCUUUGAAGUUUGAAAGUCGAAAGAGAAAUGAACUGUGGGUCAAGAUUGUUGAGGAAUUGCCUUCAACAGACGUAAUCUUCAUUCAUAAAACUCAACUCGAACCAUAA